AUGAAGUUCCUGUACUCAAUUGCCCUCUUCGCCAUCUCGGCUCUCGCCCAACGCGCUCAGAUUGGACUUCCCACCGAGAAUCAAGAUGUUACAGCCGGAAAGGAAAUUGUCGUGCAGAUUCAACGUCCCAACUCCUUGAGCGGCUCCACCGAGAUCGGAGUUGUGAUCGGCUUUACCUCUUGUGUAGAUGCACCAUGCCACACUGCAGAGGAUGUCUUGGGCAAGGUCUUGUACAACGGUCCCUUCAAGCCCGUUUACCAUGAGUCCAACCUGCCCCCCUACGAGAACUUCAGUGUCACUGUGCCUGAAUCGGCUGCCAAGGGCAAGGGUCAAAUCAAUGUUGCUCAUGCUACUUUGAUCGGAGCCGGUCCGUCUGCCUUCCUGGAAUCUUUCAACCAGACUGUUACGGUUGCAUGA